AUGCCCUCGGAGGAGCCCUGCGCCCCCGGCGCCCCGGGGACCGAGCGCGCGCCGGGCCGCGAGCCGCGCCUACCCAGCCAGCUGCUGCCAGAGCUCUACGCCUUCGCGGCGCGCGUGCUGUUCUGCUUGGCGCCCGUCUACCUAGCUGGCUACCUGGGGCUCAGCAUCACCUGGCUGCUGCUCGGCGUCCUGCUGUGGAUGUGGUGGCGCAGGAACCGCCGCGGGAAGCUCGGACGCCUCGCUGCCGCCUUCGAAUUCCUAGACAACGAACGCCAGUUCAUCAGCCGCGAGCUGCUCGGCCAGCACCUGCCCGCUUGGAUCCACUUCCCGGACGUGGAACGGGUUGAAUGGGCCAACAAGAUCAUCUCCCAGAUCUGGCCCUACCUCAGCAUGAUCAUGGAAAACAAGUUCCGGGAGAAACUGGAGCCCAAGAUCCGGGAGAAGAGCGUGCACCUGAGGACCUUCGCCUUCACCAAGCUCUACUUUGGACAGAAGUGCCCCAGGGUCAACGGCAUCAAGGCGCACACAGACCAGCGCAACCGCAGACAGGUGGUCCUGGACUUGCAGAUCUGCUACAUCGGGGACUGUGAGAUCAGUGUGGAGCUGCAGAAGAUACAGGCUGGUGUGAAUGGCAUCCAGCUGCAGGGCACACUGCGGAUCAUCCUGGAGCCCCUACUGGUGGACAAGCCCUUUGUGGGAGCCGUGACUAUGUUCUUCCUUCAAAAGCCGCACCUGCAGAUCAACUGGACAGGCCUGACCAACCUGCUGGAUGCACCGGGAAUCAAUGAGAUGACAGACAGCCUGCUGGAGGACCUCAUUGCUGCCCACCUGGUGCUACCCAACCGUGUGACUGUGCCCGUGAAGAAGGGGCUGGACGUAACCAACCUGCGCUUCCCUCUGCCCUGUGGAGUGAUCAGAGUCCACUUGCUGGAGGCUGAAAAGCUGGCCCAGAAGGACAGCUUCCUGGGAAUUCGAGGCAAGUCAGACCCCUACGCCAAGGUGAGCAUCGGCCUGCAGCAGUUCCGGAGCAGGACCAUCUAUAAGAACCUGUACCCAACCUGGAAUGAGGUGUUUGAGUUCAUAGUGUAUGAAGUCCCUGGGCAGGACCUGGAAGUGGACCUGUAUGAUGAGGAUCCUGACAAGGACGACUUCUUGGGCAGCCUGCAGAUCUGCCUCGGGGAUGUCAUGACCAACAGAGUGGUGGAUGAGUGGUUUGCGCUGAACAACACAACGAGCGGGCGGCUGCACCUGCGGCUGGAAUGGCUUUCACUGAUCACAGAGCCGGACGCUGUGACUGAGGACCAUGGGAGCUUUUCCACUGCCAUCCUUGUGGUCUUCUUGGAGAGCGCCUGCAACCUGCCGAGAAGCCCUUUUGAGUACCUAAAUGGUGAAUAUCAAGCCAAAAAGCUGUCCAGAUUUGCCAGGAAUAAAGUCAGCAGAGACCCUUCUUCCUACGUCAGGCUCUCUGUAGGCAAGACAACACACCUGAGCAAGACCUGUCCCCGCAGCAAGGACCCGGUAUGGAGCCAGGUGUUCUCCUUCUUCGUGCACAGCGUGGCUGCUGAACAGCUGCAUCUGAAGGUGCUUGAUGACGACCAAGAGUGUGCUCUAGGAGUGCUGGAGUUCCCCCUGUGCCAGAUUCUCCCCCAUGCAGACCUUACUCUGGAGCAGCGCUUCCAGCUGGACCACUCAGGCCUGGACAGCCUCAUCUCCAUGAGACUGGUGCUUCGGUUCCUGCACUUGGAAGAACGAGAGCUGGGAAGUCCAUACACAGGACCUGAAGCCCUAAAGAAAGGCCCUCUGUUCAUUAAGAAGGUCACCACCAACCAGGACCCUAGAGCCCGACCCCAGGGAGAGGGCCCUACAGAUCUGCCAUGCCUUCCAGACCCUGCUUCUGAGAUCAAGCAAGCCGCCAAGAACACCACUUCUGCCACCAUCACUGCCACCAAGCCCAUGCUUGAAGAGACGGGCCCAGAGCCCAAAGGCAAGGACAGUGCACCCAUGGGGAAGAAGAGUCUGGCCACCAUCUACCUGGCUGUGCCAGGCCCCCACUCUCCGGGGCCCAUCAAGUCACCCAGACCCAUGAAAUGCCCUGCCUCCCCAUUCGCAUGGCCACCCAAGGGGCUGGCUCCCAGCAUGUCCUCGCUCAACUCCCUGGCCUCUUCCUGCUUUGACCUGACAGCUAGCAGCCUCAACAUUGAAGGCGGGGAUCUCGGGCAUCGGGGGCUGGGUGAGAUUCAGCUCACAGUGCGCUAUGUGUGUCUGCGGCGCUGUCUCAGCGUGCUAAUCAACGGCUGCAGAAACCUGACGCCCUGUACCAGCAGUGGAGCUGAUCCCUACGUCCGUGUCUACUUGUUGCCAGAAAGGAGGUGGGCAAGUCGUAAGAAGACCUCAGUGAAGCGGAAGACCCUGGAGCCCCUGUUUGAUGAGACAUUUGAAUUUUUUGUUUCCAUGGAUGAAGUAAAGAAGAGGUCACUAGAUGUCGCAGUGAAAAACAGUAGACCACUUGGCUCACACAGAAGGAAGGAACUGGGAAAGGUACUGAUUGACUUAUCAAAAGAAGAUCUGAUUAAGGGCUUCUCACAGUGGUACAUCACAGCCUUCUUAUGAACAGAACACUAGAUUGUACUUCAACACCAUGCUUGGGACCAUCUUGGAAAAAUCACCAAUAAAAAGCAAAGAAUGGAAAACUACAAGUGGCAUGUGACAACAGAAACAACUGUUUACAUCAUGAAAGCGGAAAUGCGGGGAGAGUAUCACCUUGUUGAAUAACUGAAAAUGUGUAUACUGGGCAUGUCCAUGAAUAACUGUGCAAGUGUCACCACUACUUAUUUGAGAAUUAAAAUGAAAUUAUGCAUGAGACAAGUGCUCCGGCCUGGUGCACUGGGAAGACCCAGAGGAAUCGGGUGGAGAGGGAGGUGGGAGCGGGGAUCGGGAUGGGGAAUACGUGUAAAUCCAUGGCUGAUUCAUAUCAAUGUAUGACAAAACCCACUGAAAUGUUGUGAAGUAAUUAGCCCCCAACUAAUAAAAAAAAUAAAUAAAUAAAUAAAAUAAAAAAGAAAUUAUAGCAGGUAGGCAAAUUCACAAAUAUGCAAUCUGCAAACAAUGAGGAAUGACUAAGUAUCUCUAUGAAUAUAUGUGUAAGCAUUUAUGUGUGUAUGUAUGUUCACUGAUACACUUACACUGAAGUCAAUAAAAGUCCAUUGAAGGGGAUCAAGACAUGCCACUCCAAAAUAUGCCAUUUUAAGGGAGCUCCUGGUGGCCUAGUGGAUUCCAGGCUUUCACUGCCUUGCCCCAGAUUCAAUCCCUGGUCAGGGAACUGAGACCCCACAAGCAACAUGGUGUGGCCAAAACAAAAACAAAAGGUGUCAUUUUGACAUAAGAAAUGUUUUAAACAGAAGGAAUUUGAGAAUUGAUACGUACAGGAAGAACUCUCUGACCUCCCCCCUUUUCCCUGAAGCAGACCAGGAGAUCCUCAUGUGAGGGUACCCUCAAGGAGGAUAACAAGUUGCCCUCCUUGUACCCCAGGACAAAUAAGCAUCUUUGUCUCUGAAGAAGGGAAAUCCAAACUUUCCCCAGUUCAUUACCCUCAGCUUAUACCCUUUUGUACUAUUACAUUUUCCAACUUUCCACUCACUCUUCAUCAAACCUAGUAUUAAAAUGCUCAGGCUUAACUGUUUCUUCAAGUCUUCAUUUCUUCUCAGGUCAGGUAAAACUUACAUUAAAUAAAUUUAUACUUUUUUCAUGUUAAUCUGUGUCAGUUUAAUUUUCAGGCCCAGCCAGAGACCCUAAGAAGGUUGUGAAGUUUUCCUCCUCUACACUUUCUCCUCUGACUUUUUGUCCACCUUACAUAUAAGAGGAAUAUAUGCUCUCAGCUGCUCCUUAACCAAUUUUCCUAUCUCAGUUAAUGUUCCAACAAGUACUUCAUUAUUCAGGACUAAAAGUCAGUCCUGAUUAAGUUUAUCUUUUUGAGUCUUAAUCUUUUCCCCCUCAACUGCCUAUACCCCUAAUCCAUCAUCAAUCCAUCACCAAGUCUGAUCACCAAGUUCUACCUCCAAUAUUCCAAACACUUCUUACCACCUCCACUCCUGCCACCUUUGACCAUGUCACCACCACCUCUUGUCCAAACUUGUACAAUAGCAACCCUCACACUAUUUUACCUUUGGUACUUACACUAUAUGGGCUCCCCUGGUGGCUCAGAUGGUAAAGAAUCUGCCUGCAAUACAGGAGACCUAGG